GUCCGUAAUGUCCGUCAUAUGAUAAUAUUAAUUAAGAAGUAUUAAAAUAUAAACAUUAAUAAUAAUAAGAAAUAAAACGUAAAAUAUAACGUCAAAAUGUUUAUGUCGUGGGCAUCCCCGCGAUCUCUGUCCGGUGGCUUUGGACUUAAUCGGCUAACAAAACGGGUGGGCAGUGACCACCACCACCAUAAGGGGUCGGGCUUUUGGGCUAAAUUUUGCUAUUCGUGUGCAAUCAUUAUUUUGGCCGCAAUACUACUGGUUUGGGCCGUUAUUAUACACGACAUCUACACCAAGAGAAACAUUACAUUAAUGACAAAGACUUUUUAUAUGAUCGGCGCCACACUUGUGUCGGCAGUUAUUUUCGUUGUCAUAGUUUACAUAACCAUUACAUUCAGACCUCCCAGAAGACACUCAACGAUGUCCGCACACGAGGGUAUUGAUGGAGGAGGGGUUGACGGCAAUCAAAGCGCCAACUAUAUCACUGAUAACCAGUCUUAA